ACUAUCCCCGCCAAAUCAUGAACAAGGUGGAUGAUCGAGUCAGGUCGCCAGGUACAUCACGAUGUUUAACCACCACCAUGUCGCUCUCAAUUUCCCCCUCGAGCCCUGAGGAACCUGUCACGCUGGUGGAACUGACCAGCGUGCCAGGUGGCCAGAAUGCGAUGGCUCAUCUCAAAAAACGGAAGCUGGAAGCAGAAUCUGUCAGCCCAAAUCCUAAGCAACCACAGCAGCCACAACAACAACAACAGCAGCAGCAACAACAGCAGCAGCAUUAUCAGCAACAGCAACCUUUGAUCAACAAGAAGGCUGUUCAAGCGAUUAUUCCGCAAGAAAUGGAGACAGCUGAUGCUGCUGCUAAACGAAGAAGAAAAAGCGUCCGCGACGAUGAAACGCGCAAAUCGCUCGACGCCAAUGACUCGAACAAGAACAUACCUCUGCCCCAAAAGAAACGAGCGUUCGCUGCUGGAAACUCGGGUAGCCCUGCGAGAAAGUCGAGUAAACACUCGGAGGAACCCGAGGACGAUGAGACUCUGAUCAGGGAAACCGAGGCUGCUCUGAAAAGCCUGUCGGGAAGUUGGCCCGGUCCGAGGGGCUCCUUGUAUCAACGGGGUAACUCGGACGAGGAUAAAUACGAGUCGAAUUUCGAGAACCUGUUCGAAGAGAAGAAGGACAACCCCAAGUUGUCGCCUUCUUCCAUGUCCACUUCCUCCACGACCAGCAACGACGCGGGUUGUUCCCUGAAAGACGUGAUAACGUUCCGCGGCCAGCAGGACAGGAGCAGCAGAUCUCAGCUGCAGCUGAAGCAACAAGACGCGACGAAGCAGCAGCAGCACGCGAGCAAAGUGAAGAAGGACUUGGACAGCUUGUUAAAAUCCGAAAGCGAGUGCGGUAUGAUUCAGAACCAAGUGAACAACGUGACCGUGACCGAGGCAGGUAAAAUCAGAGCAGUGCCGGUGAGGUCCUUGUCCAACAAGGACAGGAACGACAGGAGUAUGAUCGGUACUCACGUGGACGCUCAAGGUCGUCAGACGGACAAGUACUCCAGAUACGAUCCACCGGAUUUCAACGAGCUGGUCGACGACUCCUCCAACGAAUUGGAGAUAGACAUGUCCGACCCGUCAGCGGAGAAGGACGACGCUGACAGGGACAAGAUGAACGACAGGGACAGGGAUCGGACGUGUAGAAACGGUCAGUCGCCGCAAAAUCCCUCGAGGCACCAGCAGCACCAACAUCACCAACAAUUGUACGCCAACUAUCACAGACAGUUCACCGAGAAUGGCAUGAAGGUCUCGCCGACCGCCUCCACCGCCUCCUCUUCUUCACCCCCGUCGAAUUCUCCGUUCUCCGCAACGUCGGCGUUCAGACCACCCAACACGGACCACGCGAAAGCGACUGGCCGCGGUACACCGUCAGUGGCCUCGACGACGAUUCCACCUAUCGGCCCGUACCCAGCAUCCGCUACGUUUGUCGGCUACCCCACUGCUGGGCCAGGUCCGGCUAUGCCUACGCCGCAACCUGUUACCGGAAUCUCACCCGCGACCGAGGACAAGCACUCCGCGUCGGUGUCGUUGUUACAGUUGAAAUCGUCGAAGGAAGAGGUUCAUCACGUGACGAGGCACGAGGUGCCACCGAACACCGUGACAGGCAACAAGAGUCCCACCGGUGGCCUGCCAGCGGUCACCAGCCCUGACUCCUCCAAACAGUAUACGAUCCUUCAGCCAGCUGGUAUCGGCUCCAGGGCAGCCAGUGCGAUUCAGGACAUAGCCAGGGAUGGAGUGGUCAGUGUGACAGCUGUCAGUAGUUGUAGCACGACCAACGGUAGCACGACGAACGGCAUCAGUGGCAACAGUAACGGUGGAACGUGUGGCAGCAACGUAGCUAGCAAAACUACGAACAGCAACGGUAGUGGUAACGCGAGCGGCACUGCCAAUCCGGUCAGCAAUGGCAACGGGAACAAUGUGACGAACAGUAUAGCUAUCACGGCAGUUUCCACUACCACGACGACGUCCAGUCCCUCGACUGGUGCCGACGCGUCAUCCGGCACUGGCAAGGUUCAGCAAGACAGCGUGAUGAAAAUGCCGGAAAGGCCUGUUACCUUCGACGGCAAUAGACCAGGAAUGUCCAUGUCUCCGUCCAGUCUCAGCAGAGAGGGCAACAAGUGCCCGACCCCAGGCUGCACGGGGCAGGGUCACGUGACCGGACUCUACUCUCACCACCGCAGCCUAUCCGGUUGUCCACGGAAGGAUAAACUGACGCCAGAGAUUCUGGCGAUGCAUGAGACUAUUUUGAAAUGCCCGACGCCUGGUUGCAACGGCCGUGGCCAUGUCAGCUCGAAUCGGAACACGCACAGGAGCCUGUCCGGAUGUCCCAUUGCCGCGGCCAAUAAGCAGGCCGCACGCGAGGCACGACACAAGGCUCAAGUGUCCGGAAUUCCUCCAGAAUACAUCAGUACGAACCUGUUGCCACCGUCGAUGGAUAGCAAGAGCUACUCUCAGUACGGGUCCACGGCGCAGGACACUAAACCGGUGCUAAGCAGCCUGACCUACGACUACUACGCGACAACGAAGAGUACAGGGAUCAACGUGAAACCGCCGAAAACGCCAGAGGAGAACCCGACGUCUCGCACGAGCAAGGUAGUCCCGAAAACCGAGAGUAUGACACCGAGUGGCAGUUGCUGCAACAGCCUGCCUACCAGAGGUCAAAGCACGUCCGACUUGCUGGUACCUAAAACGGAAGAGACAGCGUCCUGCCGAGUGAAUUCACCGCCACCACCCCCGCCACCUACCGUGCGACCGACCUACGACUCGUACAUGAACCAAGACUCGAACUCGUCGUCGUUGUCCUCGAUGGACGCCAUGGGCUCCAGGGGAUCCAUCGGCGCGACGAUACAUCAUCCCAGCCAACACGCGACGCAUCACGUCCUGCCGAUGCAGCCCACGGUCGCUUAUCCCAUGCCGAUGGUGGAGGACACCAGGAUGAGCCACCAGAUGUCGCAGAGGUCUCCUUACGAGCCAUCGGCCAUGAUGGCCGCAGCGGCGGCGGCGGCUGCUGCGGCCACCACCAGCGAGGAACUCUAUCAUCACAGAUCGGCGGAGCACGCGAGGGCCUACAUGCAUCCCGGAACAAGCAACAUCGCGCGACCGGUUGUCACUUAUUCCAAUGACAUCGCCACCGCGAGAGGUUACGAGAACGCUGUAGCCAGCGCAGCUAAUCAUCGGCCGUACGACCCUGGCACCACGUCCGCUUACGAAAGAUACGACACCCAGAGUUGUGCACCUAUCCAGUCGCAGCAGCAGCAACAGCAGCAGCAGCAACAACAGCAGCAGCAGCAACAGCUACAUUCGAGGACGAAUAUGUAUUAUCUGGGACAGGCAGGAAUGACGCCUGAGGAGCAGGAACGGGUGUACCAUCAGGAGGCUGCGGCUGCCGCGCAGCAGCAUCAGAUGGCGAUGGCCGCUGCUACAGCUGCCGGCAUGAUGAAGACCGAGGAUGUGAAGUGCGUCACAGUGGCGCAGGUCCAGCAGAUGCAGAAACCCGGUGGUCCUCCAACCUCGCCAGGUGGCUCGGUAAUGGACCUGUCAACCUCCAGUGUCACGUCGACCAGCCCACAGGCGCCACCCUACGGUUCCAACAGCCUUAGUCCGCAAUAUGGCGGCGGUCAGACAGUGGGUGGCAGUCCUCAAGCUGCAGCCAGCCCGCACUUGACCGCGAGUCCUCAGGUUCCCAGCCCGCAGGGACAGACCCUCGAUCUCAGCGUGAACAGGCUUCACAGCGGCGCGCCAAGUCCCCAAUAUCCAACCGGCCACGGAGAAGCUGUGGCGGUUCCCGUUGGACCUGGUUUCCCGGCACCCAGACCAAUCGAGGAGCAAACCGAGCCCGUGGACUUCUCCACGGCGAACGAGCCGGUCAAUUUCAGCGGGGGUCCCGGAAUCAGGCCUGUGCCAGGUUUCCCGCCACCCGGUGUGCACGUCACGGCGUACAGUCGAGAAAGCACCCCCGACAGCGGGGGUUCCCACUACAUGGACGCUUACCGCGAUCCCACUGGUUACGGACCAAUGAGCCCGCACCCAGGCUACGGAAUGACAGGCGUUCAACCGGAAUAUCCUGGGAACACGUACACUCCUUACCCCACUGCAGGCUACAAUUGCGGUGGAACUUAUCCCGGAGGUCCCGUGACUUCCGGUUACCAAAUCCCGGCUGGCUAUACGCCGACACCCUGCUAUAGUAUGCCGCCCCCGCAGCACACAGUCGGACCUCUCGAUAAACCUACGGGUAAAGACGAUAGUAUGAAUAUGAGGCGGCACUCUUUGAAUUUCGCGCCUCGGCCCGCCCCUCGUGGUCGCGAUGGCAAGGAGCUGAUACAGUGCCCCACGUCGUCCUGUGAUGGCAUGGGUCAUGUCUCGGGAAACUACGCUACCCACAGAAGCCUGUCGGGUUGUCCGCGAGCCGAUCGUUCGCAGAUCCAGGCGCAUUCUCAAGAGCUCAAGUGUCCUACCCCAGGAUGCGACGGUUCGGGACACGUGACCGGCAACUAUUCGUCUCACAGAAGUUUAUCCGGCUGUCCGAGGGCUAACAAGCCGAAGAGCAAGCCUCGAGAUGGACAGGACUCGGAGCCACUGAGAUGUCCGAUUCCCGGUUGCGACGGGUCUGGCCAUGCCACUGGCAAAUUCUUGUCGCAUCGCAGCGCAUCGGGCUGCCCCAUUGCGAACAGGAACAAGGCGCGUGUACUAGAAUCCGGAGGUACGGUGGAGCAGCACAAAGCAGCGGUGGCCGCGGCGACAGCGAUGAAGUUCGAGGGUGUGAACUGUCCCACGCCCGGUUGCGACGGGAUGGGCCACGUAAACGGCUCGUUCUCGACUCACAGAUCCCUGUCCGGUUGUCCGAUAGCCGGACACGCGGUGAAGAAGCCAAAGUUCGAGGACAUGUCGAGCAUGUACAGCAAAGGAAUCACCGGAGUGGACACCAGUGGUCCGGCUCACGGGGGUGCGGUGGGUACGGGUCAGGGUAACACGAGUGGUAGCGGUACCGCCAGUGGCCAGAGCGAGGAUCUCUACACACUGGAGGCCGAAAUCACGGAGCUCCAGAGAGAGAACGCUCGGGUCGAAUCGCAGGUGCUGCGCUUGCGCUCCGAUAUCACCGCCAUGGAGAACCAGCUGAAGCAAGGUGAAAAGGAAUCAACGACGAUUACCCAGCGAAACAACAACCUGACCGAGUACUAUCAAUCGCUGCGCGAUAACAUGAUAACGCUGUUGGAGCACGUGCGAAUACCGAACGCCCCGGGCGGACCGCAGGAGAAAAUGGGCCACGAGAACUUCGACAGUUACCUGACGAAGCUGCAGACACUGUGCACCGCCGAUGGUUACUGCACGGACGAGGCGAACAGGCCGAUAUACGAGACGGUGAAGACCGCGCUGCAGGACUUCACCGUCCUACCGACACCCAUCUGAGACCAUCCUUAAAGCUCGGCGAUCGGAUACGACGCAACACGUUUCACGCGGUGACUUGGCUGUCUUUGCGACGACGAGGUAACCGUUCAGAGACACAGAGGUUCGCGUGGUUGCCCAUAAUGGACAGGCUGUUUGUGCGACGAACGUGAAUCGUGUGUCGGUAAAGGAAAGAACAGAGAGACCAUAAACGGAACGAGUAUGGUGUACCUCCGUGCUGACUGAGGGAGGAUCGAAAGGACUCUUUACGAAUUAUCGGGUGAUCUGCUCCUGUGUACCAAGAUGAGAAACAAGUGGACGGUGGAUCUUGGACACGUGGAGGACGAUUGUAUAGACUGUUAGUAAAUGUUAUAACAACGGUAUCUAAGGCAUCCUCUGAUAAUCGUUCAGUGUGAUCUCGCGGAACCGUGCGGACUGACGUUGCUCAUAGCGAUAUCUUUUGUAUAUAACGAACACGUAGGACGUAAGAGUACGGUAAGGCCGGGAGCGAGUGACGGUGAUUGUAAAUAAGCGGCAGAGAAAGCAUUUAUAUAUUAUUCGACGAAAACGUUAAUGUGGUUAUCACUCUUAAGACGUGUAAAGAAUAAGGUCGGCGAAGAAGAGGCGACACACCGGAGGACACAAGCGCGAACACGAAUGAUUAGCUUAGAUGUAUAUCGAACAAACGUAUCGCUCUUACCAGUGCAUAACUGUUACUACCCGUUAAGCCAUUAAACGUUUAAAAAGUACGAGAGUGUGGAACCGCUGCGAUGCUGCUUCUGCUAAAAUGAAAAAUGGAAAAAAAAAAAAGAAGAAAGAACCGACGGCUACUUAUAAAUUACUAUUGCGUACUUAUUACAGCUAGAUAUUAUUAUUACUACUAUCGUCACUGUUACAACCACCGAGAUCGUUUCUAGGACUAAUCCAAUCAUUAUUAUUAUUAUUGCUACCACUACUCUUACUACUGUCUGAUAUAGGAUAUAGCGACGAGUAUA